AUGGACGGUCCCCGAGCGAUCCACGCCACCGCAUCCGAACGCAGCGCGCAACACUACGCACCGCCAAACAUCCAAGCAGCCCUCGGAGGCCUGCAUCAAGACGGCCUCCUACUCCUCAAAAACAUAAUCGACACCUCCCACAUCGACCGCCUCCGCGCCGCCAUGUCUGCGGAAACCCACUCCCUUCUCACCGCCUCGCCCCGCGCAAACCUCUAUAACCAAGGCGUGAAUUCCAACAUCCUGCAGUGCCCGCCUCUGGAUAGGGAAGACUGUCUGUUUGCAGAUGUAUACUUCAACCCCUUCGUGUGCCAGCUCGCCAACGCCUACCUCGGAAGCCGACCGAUCUGGAACUUCACGACGGGGAAUAACGCCCUCGCGCGCACGGAGGGGUUGCGACAGCCUGUCCACAAAGACAUCACCUUCGCCGACCACCCCACCGCGCCCUUCUAUCUCAUCGCCAACAUGCCCCUCUCGAAUUUCUCCCCAGCGAACGGCGCCACGGAAUUCUGGCUCGGGUCGCACGCGCAUACCACUUCCUCGGACCAGAUCCCCUGCACGGAAGAGACGAAAUAUCGUGCCUCGCAAAUCGCCGGCUACGACCCCACGUGCGAGGUCCGGCCUCACAUCGUCGAAGCCCGUCGUAAGGUCCGGCCGCCGGUACAGGUAGCCUGCGAAAGGGGAGACGUCCUCAUCCGCGAUCUGCGAACGUGGCACGCGGGGAUGCCGAAUACGAGCGACGAGGACCGCAUCAUGGUCGCGGUGGGCUACCAGGCGCCUUGGUAUGCGAAUCACACGCAGAGGUUAUAUGUGCCGGUGCGGCAUGCGAAUUUCUUCCUGUCGGCGGCGGGGAGGAGGGAGGUGGAAGUUCGGGCUACUUUGGUGGAGGAAGAGGAGGAGGAGAAGGGGGUUUUGUGGAGGAACUAUGGGUUUGCUUUUGAGCCGAGUGGGAAGGGGGAGGUGGUGUUGUCUUCUUGUGUGAAGGCGAGGUUGUGA